UUCCUCUGAGGAGAAGCCGAAGUCAGCAGAAGUGGGUUAGCAGUGAGAGAGAGACUUUUUUUGUGUGGGAAAGAUGGUUUCAAUUAAAUCGCCUUCUCUGGUGCCGGUGUCCUGCGCGCAGGCUCUGCUCGGUGUGGGCUGCUUGGCUGUCGCCCUCCUCGCCUUCCUGCUGGUUCGCCAGCUCGUCAAGCAGAGACGACCCCCGGGCUUUCCUCCUGGUCCUUCUCCCAUCCCUGUGAUAGGAAACAUCAUGUCUCUGGCCACCGAGCCGCACGUCUUCCUCAAGAAGCAGAGCGAAGUUCAUGGACAGAUCUUCAGUCUCGAUCUGGGAGGCAUCUUGACGGUGGUCUUAAACGGAUAUGACUGUGUCAGGGAGUGCCUUUACCAUCAGAGCGAGGUGUUUGCUGAUCGUCCAUCGCUGCCUUUAUUCAAGAAAAUGACCAAAAUGGGUGGACUCCUCAAUUGUAAAUAUGGCAAAGGCUGGAUUGAACACCGGAAACUGGCUUGCAACUCUUUCCGUUACUUUGGCAGUGGACAGAGGCUGUUUGAGAGGAAGAUCUCAGAGGAGUGCAUGUUCUUUGUGGAUGCCAUAGAUGAGCACAAGGGAAAGCCCUUCAACCCCAAACACCUGGUGACCAACGCUGUGUCCAACAUCACCAACCUCAUCAUCUUCGGACAGCGUUUCACUUACGACGACCGCAACUUCCAGCACAUGAUCGAAAUAUUCAGUGAGAACGUGGAGUUAGCAGUGAGCGGUUGGGCCCUCCUCUACAACGCCUUCCCCUGGAUUGAGUAUGUGCCCUUUGGGAAACACCAGAAGCUGUUCCACAAUGCUGCUGAGGUGUACGACUUCUUACUGCAGGUGAUAAAGGGUUUCUCACAGGGCAGGGUGCCACAGGCACCUCGCCACUAUGUGGAUGCCUAUUUGGAUGAGUUGGAGCAGAACGCGGGCUCCCCCAGCUCCUCUUUUUCCUACGAGAACCUCAUCUACUCAGUGGGAGAGCUCAUCAUUGCCGGCACAGAGACCACAACUAACACACUGCGCUGGGCCAUGCUGUACAUGGCUCUCUACCCAAACAUACAAGAGAGGGUGCACAGGGAGAUCGACAGCGUGCUGUACAACGGGAGGGCUCCCACUCUGGAGGACAAACAGAAGAUGCCAUACGUGGAGGCUGUCCUGCACGAAGUCCUUCGCUUCUGCAACAUUGUCCCACUUGGUAUUUUCCGUGCCACCUCCCAGGACGCAAAAGUCAAGGGUUACACGAUUCCCAAAGGCACCAUGGUGAUCACGAACCUCUACUCUGUGCACUUCGAUGAGAAGUACUGGAUCGACCCGGGGGUGUUCUCACCACAGAGGUUUCUGGACAGCAAUGGCAACUUUGUGAGGCGUGAGGCCUUCCUGCCAUUCUCCCUGGGGAGGCGUUGCUGCCUGGGCGAGCAGCUGGCCAGGAUGGAGAUGUUCCUCUUUUUCACCACUUUGCUACAGAGGUUUCAUCUUCAGUUCCCCCCAGGAGCCGUUCCCACCGUCACUCCCAAACUGGGCAUGACCUUACAGCCCAAACCGUACUCCAUCUGUGCCGUCCGCAGGCAGCAGAGAAGUCCCUGCUUUGGAGACACUCCUUAUCACAAGUAGGCAAGCAGGAAUUUAUUACAGCUUGUUCAAGUGUUCAAGCCAGAAUUUUACUAUUUUGCACAGCAAUGCAAUCACAUGAUACAGAUGCAUAAGAGUGCAUCACUCUUGAUUGUAGCGUCAUAGUUUUUCCAAAGGACUUUAAGUGACAAAAGAAGCUCUCUGCAUAUGGACACGUGUUCCAGUUUAUUCAGUUACUAUCGUUUACUUUUACUGAGCAAUAUGCAUGUUUGCACAAUACUUUUAUGCAGCAGGGGAGGUGUCAAAGACUUGGUGCUGAAAGGACAUUCUGGGAACACUCGGGUGCUAUUGAUUUAGUUCUCAGUAGUUCAGAGUUGCGCGGAGCCCAGAAAAUGAAAUGUCUGUGAACCUUGGUGCGGUGGGAUGGGUUACGUCUACGUCAAUGAUUGAUAGGAAGUACAGCUAUGGUGGUUCAUAGCCCUGCCUACUCAGGACAGCUUCAGGUCAGACAAAUGACGCCACUAAUUUGGAUGUGUGGGGCGAAAUAGGGCUUUCCAAGAAGGUUCUGGACGCUGUGUGUUGGAGCUGGAUGUGGGCCAAGAUUUACAUCAUCUGGACUGACUCUGCCGCCUCCUCCAGGGAUAGCGCUUUGUGGAAAAUGUGUCUCUCAGAAGACAAAUGCAACCCUGGUGGAUUUCUAGAAACUGACUAUGCAACACUGAUUUCUGCUAAAUGGUGCUUAUCAGUACUAACACAGUACUGCUUUUAUGUUUAAGGUUAAAGUUUGUCCUUUUUUUGCAAUACUGGUGAUAUGAGUUUUUUUUGUGUAUUCAUAAAGUAUUUCUUAUAUUUAAAA